UAACACUUACAAACACAAUAGAAGAAUCUGUGUGUGACAUCAUAAAGGAGGGUUUUAACUUGGUACAUUCCGAGACUAUAAAAGGCCCACCAGCAGCAGCAGCUCCUCUUCAGUCUUUUCAGAGCUACUGCUGAGGACACACCACUGUCUUUAGACACCCAAGUAAGUUUGACCAAACCCUUUUUGUCUCUCAAAUGAUGAACAGAAGAAACAUGUCGUGGUACGACUCACGUCUACACCCAGAAGACAUUGAUUAUGAGUCAGACAUGGAAAAUGAUAUGUUUGAUGAAACAGAACAUACAUCCGUCUUUGAUGCUGAGAUAGAGUCUCUUCACUAUGAGACUAAAUUACCUGCUGAACUGGAGUUCCCUGGGUCUGAGACGGUCGACUCUGAUUCUGAGACGAUGGUCCCUAGAUCUCAGAUGGUUCAGCGGGAAUUAGCUGGUUUUAAACGCCCGAGAAAGCCACAACAACCCUUUACUUUUGGUGAAAUGACGAACAACACAAACAUGUCCUGGUACGACUUAUGUGUCAACAACGUAGAAGUGGAUUAUGAUUUGGUCAUCGACUUUAGUUCUGAUGGUGAGGACGAAAAGUCAGAUCUACUGUCUACAACUAAAGAGAUGGAGUCUGAGAUGCCAGAACAAACAUCGGUCUUUGAUGCUGAGAAAGAGUCUCUUCCUAAUGACACUCGUUUAUCUGCUGAACUGGAAAUCUCUGGAUCUGAGACGGAUGCCCCUAGACCUCAGACGAUUCAGCAGGAAUUAGUUGAUUUUAAAAGCAGGCAAAUUGAUGACCUUUUGAAACAAGUGGAUCAUUUGAAAGAAAAACUGCAGAAUACAGUUUCAAAUACUUGUUUCAAUCAGGAGAAGGGGAAGAGGCUUGCUGCAGAGAACCAGUGUGCGCUUUACAAGGAGCAAACUAAAGAGAUGGAGAAUGGUUUGGUUCAGCAGCAACAACAGCUGGUGGCUUUAGAAAAGCAAUUACAGGAGCAGAAAAACGUGAAUGAAGACUUACAAGAAAUCUGCUCAGAUCUAAAAGGUGAGACAGACGAGUCCCGUUUUUCUGGAGUCUCGAGAGACGUUCUGAUCGAGAACUUUGAAAAACUGGAGGAACGACAUUUGGACUUAGAAGCGAUGUUUAGCAGAGAAAAAGGUGAGAAAAUCAGCGUAGAACGGAAGUUGACUGACAAGCUGGAGAAUUUAAAGGAGCAGCUUUCAGAAAAGGACGUUUUCAUCAAAAAUCUGCAAACAGAUUUAGAUCAAGAACGUCGGUUCAGACUCGUUAGUGUCCAGGAGCAGAAGAACGCCCAGCAUAAAGUCACCGUCAACGAGAACUAUAAGAAGGAGAUCAAAGAUCUUAAGAAAAGAACUGGUGACCUCUCUGAGUUGCUGAACAACAUUAAAACGGAUAUGAAGUACAGAGAGAGGAUACUUUUGGAUGAGCGAAAUGAUUUUAAGCAUCAGCUCAAACAGAAGGAUCUAAUCUGUGAAAGUUUAGAGAAACGUUUGAACAAAGAAAACGAGCUCCGCCUGACCUGUGAGGAAGAACUCAAAAAAACUAAAGAUCAAAUGAGUUCAAUGAACGGAAAUCUCAAGAAGGAGAUCAAAGAUCUGACUCAGAGCAACUCAGAACUCAGAGUGGUCGUGGAAAACCUGACCGCUGAGAACGCUGCUUCUCACAAGGAGUUGGUUGAGCAGCAAGAGAGCGUCAAACAUCAACUCCAGGAUAAAUCUGUCGUCUGUGACCUUCUGAAACAAGUGGAUCAUUUGAAAGAAAAAGUGCAGAACAGAAAUACUUGUUUCAAUCAGGAGAAGGAGAAGAGGCUUGCUGCAGAGAACCAGUGUGCGCUUUACAAGGAGCAAACUAAAGAGAUGGAGAACGGUUUGGUUCAGCAGCAACAACAGCUGGUGGCUUUAGAAAAGCAGUUACAGGAGCAGAAAAACGUGAAUGAAGAUUUACAAAAAAUCUGCUCAGAUCUAAAAGGUGAGACAGACGAGUCCCGUUUUUCUGGAGUCUCGAGAGACGUUCUGAUCGAGAACUUUGAAAAACUGGAGGAACGACAUUUGGACUUAGAAGCGAUGUUUAGCAGAGAAAAAGGUGAGAAAAUCAGCGUAGAACGGAAGUUGACUGACAAGCUGGAGAAUUUAAAGGAGCAGCUUUCAGAAAAGGACGUUUUCAUCAAAAAUCUGCAAACAGAUUUAGAUCAAGAACGUCGGUUCAGACUCGUUAGUGUCCAGGAGCAGAAGAACGCCCAGCAUAAAGUCACCGUCAACGAGAACUAUAAGAAGGAGAUCAAAGAUCUUAAGAAAAGGAACGGUGACCUCUCUGAGAUGUUGGACAACGUUAAAACGGAUCUGAAGAACAGAGACAGGAAACUUCUGGAUGAGCAAAAUAAUUUUAAGCAUCAGCUCAAACUGAAGAAUCUGAUCUGUGAAAGUUUAGAGAAACGUUUGAACAAAGAAAACGAGCUCCGCGUGACCUGUGAGGAAGAACUCAAAAAAACUAAAGAUCAAAUGAGUUCAAUGAACGGAAAUCUCAAGAAGGAGAUCAAAGAUCUGAAACAGAAGAACUUGGAGCUCAGUCAGACGCUGAGAAGUGGUCAGGCUGUAGAAACUAAAUCAGAACAGAUGUGUGAGGAUCUGCAGAAGUUUAAGCAGCUGCUCCAUGAAAAAAUAUCCGUCUGUGAAGAACUUAGCAGCAGUCUGGACAUGGAGAAGCAGCUCAGAGUUAGCUACGAGGCUCAGCUGGACUCUAACAGGGCGAUAGUCUGUGAGAACUCAGAUCUUAAAGAGCAGAUCAAAGAUCUGACUCAGAGCAACUCAGAACUCAGAGUGGUCGUGGAAAACCUGACCGCUGAGAACGCUGCUUCUCACCAGGAGUUGGCUGAGCAUCUGGAGAGAGUCACACAUCAACUCCAGGAUAAAUCUGUCGUCUGUGAAAACCUGGAAACAGGUUUCACCAACGAACAGAAGCUCAGACUCCAGCUGUACCAGCAACUCCAGGAAACAUCUGGCCUGUGUGAGAGCCUGGAAAACCAGCUUAGAGACGAGCAGAAGAUCAGACUUGGUUUGGAGACUGAACUCGCCCAAAACAGAGACGUGGUCAGUGCAAGUCACGAUGAUCUGAUGACCAAACUAAAACAGAUGGAGGAAAAAGAAACAAAACUCUGUAAAACUGUCGUUAACCUCCAGUUAGAUCUGUUUAGAAACAAAAAGCAGCACGAGGAAGAGUUGGGAAUCCUGAAGGAACAAGUCUCUGAACUCGAGUCACUGACUACAAAUCUGGAAAGUCAAAAUCUGAUCUUGAGACUAAAGACAGAACGUUUUAACCCAGAUCAGCAAACCGAAUCGAUCAGUGAGCAGAACGUGGACGCUGCAGAAGGAAACAAGAGUCUUCCUGCUGAAAACGACUCUUUAGCAGAAAGCCUCGAGUCCCAGAGAGACGCUCCACACUCAGACACAAAAAAACAGGAAAAAGUUUCUGUGUGGAGGCAUUUCAAGAAAUUUGUAACCCCGGGAUGUCUCCGUCAGCACAAAAACAAACAACCUAGCAACUAACCUCCCUGCUAACAAAUCAGAAAAGGCUAAUUGGAAGACAUCCCAUCUCCUGGUGGCAGCGGGCAGCACUGUCCAAGAUGAAUGUGAGAAGUUAAACCAGCCACUGCCUCCCCAAAGACCCUGAUGUUCUCAUUAUGAUUUUCUGUUUCAGAGAUGGGUGAACUUUCAAACAUGUAAUCCCCCAACACACAAAAAACAAAAACAAAAUAUAAAAAGCAAAUAAAUAAAUAAAUCAUAAACUAAAAU